CAAUACUUCAUGCUUCUUCCUCCCAAGCCGCUAAUUCUUGUCUCUUCCUUAUCUGCUGGUCCCCAUUGUUUUUAUAGGGGAGGAGGAAUUGCCCGUCCACUCGUUGCUCCCGGAAAGUCUCCCCCCAGUGGCAUGGAACACCGCCCCGUGCCCCAUCCUUAACUGCCCGCUCUUGUUCUUCCACCUCCCAACCAGCAUUUGUUUCGAAUCUUCUUCGAGCGGCAUGUCCCAUAUAACCUUUUCGAAUUCUGAGUCCAGGUCGGGCAAUUACCAUGCUCCCAGGGAUUCCCUCGAACUGGCGUCUUUAGCCUCUUCGCCCGACUCCGCCCCCAGAUCCUCCCGCUCCUCGUCUCCCUCCGGCAUUUCGUCGUCGCGCAAGCUCUCCCUCGAAGAUGAAGACCCUCUUUCCAGCUCCCAUCCACAGUCGCAGGGCCCGUCAGGACGUCCCCGCUCGGCUCGCUCAUACUCGAUAUCCUCGGCCUUUGACUUUGGGGCGACCUUAUUUCCCUUGUCGCAGACGACCGGUGGUUAUGCUCCGUUGGGGGUCUCGUCCGCAGACCGAGAGGCUGGAAUCGCUGAUGGGUCCUUGGAGAGGAACAAGACAUUGACUUAUAUGAACGGUCUAUCUCUCGUGAUUGGGCUGGUGAUCGGCUCGGGCAUCUUCUCAUCCCCCAGCCAGGUCAAUGUCAAUGCGGGGUCGCCUGGUGCAUCGCUGAUUGCAUGGGUUGUUGCUGGCUUACUCGCUUGGACGGGGGCAGCCAGCUAUGCAGAGCUCGGUGGAGCUAUUCCCUUGAAUGGAGGCUCCCAGGUGUAUCUUUCCAAGAUUUUCGGGGAGCUAGCGGGCUUCCUGUUCACGUGGUGCUCAGUCUUGGUCUUGAAGCCGGGCAGUGCGGCCAUAAUCGCAAUUAUCUUCGGAGAAUACGUCGUAAGAGCCUUUGUCGGCGCAGACGUGGAAUCGGUCAAUCCCUGGAUAAACAAGGCUGUUGCGUUUGGCGGAAUCUUCGUGGUGACAUUGUUGAACUGUAUUUCGACGAGAGUGGCUGCGCGCAUUGGUGACCUCUUCAUGUUUUUCAAGUUUGUCGCAUUGCUGGGCGUCACCAUCAUCGGUAUCAUUGUGGCUAUCACAGGUCACUCAUCGACUGGCAGUGCCAACAAGGAGUGGAAGACUGGCUGGUUCGAGGGCACGAACCUCGACAUAUCCGCUUGGGCUGUAGCUCUGUACGCAGGUCUUUGGGCCUUUGACGGUUGGGACAACACAAAUUACGUGACUGGUGAAUUUAAGAAUCCCAACAAGGAUCUUCCACGUGUGAUUCACACGGCUAUGCCACUAGUCAUCCUCUCCUAUCUCCUUGCUAAUAUCUCCUACAUUCUCGUUCUCCCACAUUCCACUAUUGAGGCGACUAAUACCAUCGCCAUUCAGUUCGGCGACAAGGUCUUUGGUCACGUGGGAGCCCUUAUAUUCGCGCUUAUCGUAUCCGCGAGUUGCAUUGGCGCCUUGAAUGCCACGGCCUUCACCAGCGGCCGUUUAGUUUAUGCAGCCGGAAAAGAGGGUUAUAUCCCCUCUAUUUUCGGUAAACUAUGGACUCGAGACAUUUCGACCAACCGACUUCAGCGCCGCUCCUGGGCCACGAAGGUCUUUUCGCGUCUCUGUGGAGAUGGCACGCGAAUUGGUUUCACCCCCAUUUACGCCAUGGCGCUGAACAGUACACUCACCCUCAUUUACGUCAUCGUCGGCGAGUUCAAGACCCUUGUCACCUUCUACGGUGUAGCCGGAUACACCUUCUACUUCGUGACGGUGCUAGGCCUGAUCAUUCUCCGCACCUGGAUAUCCACUCCCAUCAUCUUCUGCUGCGUUAGUCUCUUCCUCCUCAGCAGGGCCACAUUAAUCGUCGUCGCGUUCAUCAUUGCCGGUAUCCCCGUCUAUUACUGGCGCAUCUACAAACGCGAUGGACGUAAAGCGUUUCCGAACUGGAAAUUCUGGCAGCGCCAUCUCCGGUCGUGGGAGCAAAUUGUUUCCCAGAAGCUUUCUCUACGGAAUCAGCUCCUGAAGCCGUACCAAGUCAAUGAUAUUGACCGACGUCUACCCCAGCUGCUCUCGGUCCACGAGCGCACGUGUAUCCUUGAAGAUCCUGUCAUCCAGGAGAUCACGGACAUCGACAGCGUGCCUAGGCUUUUCGAAUGCCUGAAAUCUGGCAAAUACACCGCUGAGCAGACGACCUUAGCUUUUAUCAAAAGAGCUGUGGUAGCCCAUCAGUUGACCAACUGCCUCACGGAAAUCGUGUUCGAAGAUGCCUUAGAACAAGCCCGGCAGCUUGACCAUGCUUUCCGACAAAACGGUCAAAUCAAAGGACCACUUCACGGCAUUCCAGUCACAGUAAAAGAUCAGUUCAAUGUCAAGGGUGUUGACACCACACUUGGCUAUGUGGGACGUUCUUUUGCUCCCGCUACAGAGGAUGCAGUUCUAGUGCAAAUGCUGAAGGAUAUGGGCGCUAUUGUGCUGGCGAAAACCAAUCUACCACAGAGUAUAAUGUGGGCUGAAACAGACAAUCCGCUUUGGGGACUGACCGUCAACCCACGGAAUCCUGAGUUUACACCAGGCGGUUCUACCGGAGGGGAAGCUGUUUUAUUGGCUUUGCACGGCUCUAUUUUGGGAUAUGGAACAGACAUCGGUGGCAGUGUGAGGAUUCCUCAGAGUCACAUGGGUCUGUAUAGCCUGAAGCCUACUAGCAGUAGGCUUCCGUACCAUGGCGUACCGGUGUCUACCGAGGGGCAGGAGCAUGUUCCCUCUUCAGUUGGCCCCAUGGCACGAGAUCUAUCCUCUCUCUGCUAUAUAAGCCGACUGAUUGCUAAUGCACAUCCGUGGCAGUUAGACCCCAAAUGUACCCCGCUACCUUGGAACGACAGCGCCCACGAGGAAGUCCAGAACCGGCCUAUGGUGAUCGGACUCAUUUUAGACGAUGGAGUUGUGAAAGUUCAUCCUCCCAUCGAGAGAGCGCUCCGGGAUCUUGCCGCAAAACUUGAAGCGCACGGCCACGAGCUAGUCCUCUGGGAUGCUUCGGAUCAUCUAGAAUACAUCCAACUCAUGGACGCUUUCUACACUGUGGAUGGGGGUGAAGACAUCCGCCGCGAUGUGGAAGCUGCUGGGGAGCCCUAUAUUCCGCACGUGGAAGCAUUGGUUAAUCGCGGAAAAGCCAUUUCCAUCUACGAGUACUGGCAGCUCAACAGGAAGAAGAUUGCGCUGCAAAAGAAAUACUUGGAUAAGUGGAACGCAACACGCUCUCCCUCUGGGAAGCCCAUUGAUGUACUCUUGGCCCCGACAACGCCCCAUCCUGCUAUUCCCCACCGAACGCUGCGAUGGGUUGGAUAUACCAAAAUCUGGAAUUUCCUUGAUUACUCCGCUGUAACAUUCCCAGUGGAUCAGGUGCGGGCUGAGGUGGACGAACUGCCAGCAGGAUAUCAACCGAGGAAUGAAUUGGACGCAUGGAAUUGGGGGCUUUACAAUGCGGAGGCUAUGAAUGGUCAUCCGAUCAAUGUUCAAAUCAUCGGCAAGAAGCUAGAAGAGGAGAAGGUCCUAGGAGCAGCGACUGCCAUUGAGAAGAUCUGGCGCAGCUAGUUUGAGACAUCUAUAGCAUAGUCAAAUAGUCCAAUUUCGG